GUUGUGUGGUCUGGUUUGAAAGAACAGAGCGAGCGGGAGACAGCAAGUGUGUUAGCUUCGGCCUCAAACAUAGCACUCUUAACAACAGGGUUGAGAUCCAUAAACUUUUGCAUUUGGUGUUCCAAUGGCAACCGAUGCUGUAUCACAGUUGGCUGACUCUCUGGCCAAAACUCAGGUGGUUGAGGGAGAGUUGAGCUAUAAGGGCCAGGGGCGCAAACUGGACAAUGCACAGUCUGUGGAGGAAAUUGUUAAGGAGAUCCAGGACUUCCAGGGUCUUCAGGCUCUGAGGCUGGAGGGGAACACCAUUGGUGUGGAGGCUGCACAGGCUAUCGCUAAGGCUCUGGAGACAAAGAGCGAGUUUAAGUGCUGUUACUGGAGUGACAUGUUCACUGGCCGACUGCGUUCUGAGAUCCCUCCUGCUCUGAACUCCCUGGGCGAUGCCCUGAUGAAGGCAGGGGCCCGGCUGACCGUGCUGGACCUCAGCGACAACGCCUUUGGGCCGGAUGGGGUCAAGGGCAUCGAGAGGCUGCUGAAGAGCAGUGCCUGCCACACGCUGCAGGAGCUGAAGCUCAAUAACUGUGGCAUGGGCAUCGGAGGAGGAAAGAUCUUGGCUGCAGCAUUGACAGAGUGCCAUAAACAAUCCAGUGCCAAAGGUAACCCCUUCAGAUUAAAAGUGUUCAUCGCCGGACGGAACCGCCUGGAGAAUGAUGGGGCUACAGCUCUAGCCCACGCCUUCCAGUUGAUGGGCAGUCUGGAGGAGGUGCACAUGCCCCAGAAUGGCAUCAACCACCCAGGGGUGACAGCCCUGGCCACGGCCGUGCAGCACAACCCUGACCUCCGCGUCCUCAACCUCAACGACAACACCUUCACCAAGAAAGGAGCCAUCGCCAUGGCACAGGGCCUGAAACAUCUCCGCAGUGUCCAGGUGAUUAACUUUGGUGACUGCCUGGUGCGUUCCGAGGGGGCCAUUGCUAUAGCAGAGACCGUGUCAGAGGGCCUGCCCAUCCUCAAGGAGUUGAAUCUUUCGUUCGGGGAGAUCACAGAGGAAGCUGCUCUUGUAGUGGCACAGUCUGUCCAGGGCAAAGACCACCUGGAGAAGCUGGACCUGAAUGGUAACUGUCUAGGAGAGGAUGGCUGUGAAGCUCUGAGAGAGACCAUGGACAGCAUGGACAUGGGAAACCUGCUGGGAUCCCUCAGUGAUGACGAAGGGGAGCCAGAGGACGAUGACGAUGAAGACGAAGAUGAGGAGGAUGACGAGGAAGAUGUUGAUGAGGAGGAGGAAGAAGAAGAAGAGGAGGAGGAGGAGGAUGAAGAGGAGGAGGAGGAGAAUGGCAGUGUGAACCAGGUGUCCACCCCCCCGUCCGCCCCGCGGCCCCCAGACGUGUCCUCCUUCCUUAGCUUUCCUUCCCCAGAUAAGCUGCUCCGAUUGGGGGCCAAGAGGGCUGUUCUAAUCCAGCAACAGGUGGAUGUGGUGGAUGCUGGUAAGACUGCAGAGGCUUUCCUCAAGAUCGCUUCAGUGUACAAGGAGGAGGAUGAGGAGGUCAAAGCUGCAGUACUGGACAGUGUUGAUGCAGUUCUAAGAAAAGCGUUCUCCAGUCCUUCCUUUGUAGGCUACACCUUUGUAUCAUCUAUAUUAGUGAUGCUGGGACUCCUCAAGAGUGAAGACAAGGUGAAGCCGGUGCGCGUGGUGCCUGGUCACCUGCAGGCCCUGGAGCACGCUGUGCGUCAGGACUACUUCCCUAAGGAGCACAUCGCCGUGCUGGAGGCCUUCAUGUCCCGGUAAGGACGUGUGAGGGGCAGCGGCACAGCUCACAGACCCAGCGAGGCCCUGCAGUCGUGCUGCGGAGCCAGGACCUGCCUCCAGUCCACACUGCAGAGGGUCCAGUCUGAGAGCUGAGCCACACAAGACCACCAAUGCACAACCCACCCGCUCCACCUGGACUAAACCCCAACGAGGAGGGGCACUGAACACCGACGGACUGAAGAAUUUACACUCCGCUGACACAGAGGAGCGAGCCGACGCACACAAGGAUUAACCACAUUGAAGCACACUUCUGCUCUGAUCCCUGCCUUUGACAGAGAGGAGAUAAACAGACUUACACGAGCAUGGGAGCUAUAUCCUGGAUUUUUUUGUGGAAUAGAAUUUGGUUGUUAACUGUGGGACUGACUGACUGAACUUUUAGACACGCACACACGUUCUCACAGUGGGACACAACGAUGGUGGGAGUUUUAGAUUGUACUGUGGUGAGGUGGUGUGGACAAACUUCUGGUCUCCUGGUUUACUCCUUUAUUGUACUCACAAAAUACAUAUGAAAGGUUAAAAAAAAAAAAUGGAGAAAUGUUAGAACACAAGUCUGGGGCUACAGAAAGCAACAAAUCUUAUCUGUAUUAAUACAGUAGUAACAAUCAAAAGGGAAGAGCAGAAAAACUGGAUCUCUGCUUGUUAAUGUUGUUGAUCUGAUACAGUACUGAGUUGUAACCAGCUUGAAUAAUACAGACCUCAAAAUAAAAUAUAGUUCA